UCUAUCUUGGGACAUCCUCGAACUGGUCAUUUGGCCGCCGCGUUCUUGCUAUGUCUCACGAGCAGAUUUUGGGCUCACCAUUAUCGCCUCAGAAUCUCCUCUUCCAAUCCGAGGCGUACGAUCUCGGAUGGGAUGGCUUGAGGACUUGUCAAGUUUCGGUCAACGCGGACACAACCAUUCUACCUACAGUUGAUCAUGCAAUAUACCUUAUCAACGCAACCAAAUUUCACGUUGGUCAGAUGUUUCACCUCUUCGACGAAGAGAGCUUCAUGCACUCGUUUGCGACCUUUCACAAUCCUUCUGCAGACAAGUCCGAGCUCAUGCCGCUCUGGUAUGCUCACUACCUGCUCAUCCUUGCAUUUGGCAAAGCGUUCCUGGCCCGGACAUGCAAAGGGAGGCGCCCACCCGGCGCCGAAUUCUUUGUCCAAGCCAUGAUGAUUCUUCCCGAUACCACUUUCCUUUGCCUGCAUCCUAUUGAGACCAUUGAGAUCUUAUGCUGCGCGACACUUUAUCUACACUCGCUGGACUUCCGUAGUCCAGCAUAUCAGCUUAUUGGUCAGGCGCUACGUAUAGCUCUUGAACAUGGCAUGCAUACUAGCAUGCAAAGUCAGCACGUUCCAGAGUUGCUUGUCCAACGAUGUCGCAAGAUCUGGUGGACAGUAUACGUGUUGGAUCGGCAACUGUCAUCUCUCAUGGGAGUUCCGGCAUCGAUUCGAGAUGAAGACAUCGGCGCAGAACUACCAUCAUAUGUCAAUUCGCCAUGCCGGGUGAUUGCUCUCGACAUCCAAGUGAAGCUCUCUCGUGCCAUUGCCAAGAUGUCAAACAAUAUCUACGGCCGAGAAGGACGUGUGGAUAAACAAUACAUGGCGCAUACUAAGGAAGCGCUCAAGGACAUUGCACACAUCGCCGAUCAACUGAACUGCUCCUUCGAGCUCUCUCCUACUGGUUCCGAAUUCGGCAUCUCUAGACUCUCUGCUUACCUACAUAUUCUCCAUCAUCAGUGUAUCAUUCUUGCUACCCGGCCAUUGCUCUAUACCUUCUUGGAAGCUCGUCUGCAAUCGAGGUAUCCUGAUCAACGCCGUUACGAUGGUGUCAAGUCUCUGGUCACAAUGUGCAUCGAAUCGGCCUUUCAAAAUCUCCAUAUCUUGACUNNCCAGUUGCAAGAGGAAAGCCUGCUUGUAAUUCUGAUGGCUGCAUCGGUUGAUCCAUCUCUUCUGAAUGAUGGGAGUCAACUCCCAGAUGUUUCUCAUCGGAUUCUGGACGAGAUGACGAAUCGUGGAAAUCGAGUGGCUGGUUUUGUGAAAGCAGAACUGCAACAGCUUGAAAUUAUUCUGAAUCAAGCCACUCCCAUUAACAAUCGCAGGGUCAGCAUCACAGACUCUUGUCUCUCAGCCCAUGGCAGUGCGGAUGCUCGUGGGAGCUCUGGAGGCAUACCACCCCCCUUCAUGGACUUCGCUAUCAGUGACACCAAUUGGCAAUAUACAAUGACAACGGAACAAAUGCUUCAGGUUGCGGAUUCUAUAGAUUUUGAGGGCAUUGAUUGGGCAAGUGCA